CUGUGAGAUGUGUCAUCGGAAUUUUGGAAUAGUGGUAUUUUCGUUGGUGGUGUUGGUUUGUGUGGGGGCCAAUCCCAUUAUCAUUAGAUCGGGGGUGGUAAAAACUCAAGGGCAGAAGCAGGAUGCCAACUCGUACGAUGCCACGCACCACAAAGGCAUAGCCAACUUUGAAGGUGACGAAGGUUUCAACAAGGGCAACGAAAAGAAGUAUCUGAGUUCCGUGGACUCUGGAAGAUACGGCGAAGAAAGUGACAAGAGAAAGGACCAUCUGGACCAGAAUAGCUACGACAAGGGAUCUUUCUACCAAAACGGGGGAGGAGAUGUUUCGGAUUUCGCAGACAAGAAGGCACACAAAAAAGGGCACCACAAAUCCGGGUUCCAGAAUUCCUAUCAUAAGGACGAGCAAGGCAGCAAUUCGAGCUAUUUCGAUGAUGGAAACGAUGAAGGAGAUGAAUAUGUUUAUAAAACGCAUAAAGGAUCUUAUGGAGACGCAGAAAAGGACAACAGAAGAGGCGGCAACACUGACGCCUCGCACUAUUCAAACGAAGGCGGCAAGCGCGGCCAAUACGACAACGCCGGCAAAUUCGAAAAAGAUUUGGGCAACCGCCAAACGUACAACAGGAACAAAUACAACAACGACCGAGAAGACGCCAACAGACGAAAUUUAGCUAACGCGUACGGCUCAGGAGGCAGAUACAACGAAGAGAAGUACGUGGAAAGGCGACCCUACUACAACAACCCCUACGAAGAUCCCUAUUACAACAGUUAUAAUCGAUACAAUGAAGGAUAUCCCAAGAAACACAUAACUAUCUAUGAGGAUCCGAGGUAUGAUGGCAGGUUGUCCUACAAGAAUUCCAAUCGGUAUGGAGAUGAUUAUGUGGAGCUGGAUGUGAGGCCUCCAUACAGGGAUGCUUAUCAUGACAGAAGACCGUCUUACGACUAUUACUAAAUGGUUGGUCAGCUGAUGCAAUAUGACCAAGAAAGAAGUGGAGAGUA